AUGACGGUCUCUUCUCUCUGGAAAGUCUUGGACAAGGCCGGUUGCGCCACCCCAGUGGGUAUAGCAGAGUUUACUGUUUAUGACCCACAGCACUACGCUCGUAGUCAAGAAGCACCCAAUGAGGCGAGUCCGUGGAAUCACAACCUGGGCGUUCGUCCAUCUGCAAUACGAGAGCAACACAAGGCAACCACAUUGGCGGUGGAUUUGUCAAUUUGGAUUUGUGAGUCCCUUACGUCCCGUGCGAUGACGGAAAAUCACGCCAAUCCGGCUCUUCAUCUGGUCUUUUCACGAACAAUGAAAUUGCUUUCCCUGGGAAUAAAGCUUAUUUUCGUGCUUGAAGGCAAGCGACGCGUGCAAACGGCGGGAAAGCGAGACAAUUUUCGUAAUCGGCGCAGUGGCACUACCUUUUGGAAAGCAGGUGAGCAAUGUCAUGACUUGUUGACACGGCUUGGCAUUCCAGUUUUCCGGGCCAAAGCCGAAGGUGAAGCUCUUUGUGCUUUACUUUCACAGCGCAAUAUUGUUGAUGGUGUAAUUUCCAAUGAUGGGGAUUGUCUACUAUUCGGAGCCCGAGUUGUAUACACGAAAUUCUCGGUCGAAAACCUUGUUGAAGGUAGUGUUAUGCGGUAUGACCUCGGCAAUCUUCGAGCCCUGAUUGACCACGCCGGCGACAAAGAAGCCUCAGACCAGCUUACUGGAUCGCUUUCUCUCAGUCGUUUUGACCUCCUCUCUUUUGCAUUGCUCACCGGCAGCGACUUAGCAGGGAACGGACUACCGAAGGUUGGGCACAAAAAGGCCAUUCGUUUCAUUCGAAAGUGCCAAAUCGACAACCCCCUUACGACUGAGAUGGCCUCCAUUGAUGAGGUGAAAUCAUGGGCAGUUGCCGCUCAUGUUCGACCAACCAACCUGCCACAUCAAACGAAAGCGAACGAAAAAUGCUGUAGUCGCUGCUGUCAUAUCGGAACCAAGCACAGCCACGAGAAACUAGGGUGUGAAGCUUGUGGUACUGCUCCUGGAGAACCAUGCUAUGCAUUCUCUACGGAAGAUCGCUUCCGAAAGUCUCUCCGCGAAAAAGCUCUAAAAGUCAUUCCGAUUUUUGAGCCUUCCCAGGUUGUUGAGGCCUAUCUGCGACCUAACGACAAUCAGCUCCCCGCUCAGCUGGCUGGCAAGACCUCAAAUCAAAUAAAGAUGGACCCACCGGACCUCAACGCUCUCUUGCAACUCCCUCUAAUACUCAAGGGUCGUAGUCAGGAAGAGAGUCGCGAGUACUUGGUUCGUUCAGUUGGCCGCCUCUUAUCUCGUGCUGAACUAUUUCGAAAGCACGAGGAAAGCGAUGAAAAAGAACUGAUGACUUCUUAUCGCCGAGCGCGAGAAAGACCCAUUCCCCACAAAAUUACGAACUCAAUGACGCAGAACGGAGUGCCUUCUUACGAGGUAAAAUGGUUGGUUAACGCUACCGUGACUGAUAAUUUCGGUGAAGGAAUCGAUGGCUACGAAUAUUCCACGGUUGAACCUUGUGACCUGAUAGCGAACCGUUACCCCGUCCUAAUAAAGGAGUUUCAGCAAGCGGAGAAAGAGCGUAUGAAGCAAGGAGACGGAGAAAAGCUUCGUCGUUUAGACUUUCUACAAUCGCACCUGUUCCUUCACAGAGACCCGCAACGUCCUUCAGAAACCGGCGACGCAAAGAAGGUGAAACGAUCGAAGCACCGAGCAGGAUUCUUUGAGACCAAAGAAGCAAGCCUUCCAAAACUCUACGCAUCAAGCAGACGAAAUAAUCGAUCCAAGCGCAAGACGGGAGAUGACGUUGGUCAUUUGUUACGUUAUAUUGUCCGUUCUAGCGACAUCACACAAGAUCCAUUGGGAUUCAGUCCGAUUGACAACUCCAAAUAUGGAUUACUUCCUGGAACGAGCUUGCGCGGUCACUGUACUCCAUCGCCGCGAAAGAACGUAUACAAAUCAAAAGCUUCAUUGCACUCACCGGAAGGAAGGGUGUUUUGCAAUAUGGGUGGUGUAUUCAUUGAGAUUACGCCGAUUAUAUCCAACCGUCGUACCUUCCCACCCCGUCACAUAUUCAUUCGCCGGAGUUCAGCCUAG